CCGUCUGCAUUUUCUCUUCAAUUUCCCCACUCUUCCUCUGAUUUUCCAUGUUAUUUCCUUUUAAUUUUCUUCCUUCUUCUUCUUUCACAUUCUUCACCUUCAAUUUAAAUAAUCCGUUCGAACCCCACCCUCAUCCAUUUUUCCCCUGCGCUUUUUCUCCUAGAAUUUAUCAGUUUCAGACCAAAUGCAACUCGCUGAUUCCGCCGACGUCCCCAGUGAAUCUUCUGGAAACUCCAGGAAGGAGCCGAGAGAAGAUGAAGCCACCGCCUCCACCGCCAGCUCGACUACCAUCAAUAAUGACGAUAUAAGCAGCUGCAGUCCCGGUGAGGAGUUGGUUCUCGACGUUUCUGGUAAAAGUUUGGAGUUUCCUUUGCUCGAGAACUCCAAGGGAUCGCUGGAAGAAGAAGUUUAUGUGUACAGAAAUGUGUUCAAUUUGAUACCGAAAUCUGUGUGGAGUUUUGGGAGGUUGAAGAAUUUGAAAUUUUUUGCGAAUGAGAUUAAUUUGUUUCCAGAGGAAAUUGGGGAUUUGGUCGGGUUGAAAUGCUUGCAGGUGAAGAUACCAUUGCCGGGGUUCAGUGGUCUGGCUUUGAGCAAGUUGAAGGGCCUCAAGGAACUGGAUGUCAGUAGGAUACCUCCUCGGUCUUCCGUCUUGAUGCUGUUGAGUGAGAUUGCCGGGCUCCAGUGCCUGACCAAGCUUUCUGUUUGUCAUUUUUCCAUAAGAUACCUUCCUCCAGAAAUUGGCUGUUUAAAGAAUUUGGAAUAUUUGGAUUUUUCAUUCAAUAAGAUAAAGAGUUUGCCUGCAGAAAUAACUUAUUUGAGUGCCUUGAUAUCAUUAAAAGUUGCCAAUAAUAAAUUGGUGGAACUUCCAUCAGGUUUGUCCUUGUUGCAACGAUUAGAAAACUUGGACUUGUCAAAUAAUAGGUUGAUAUCGUUUGAUUCUCUUGAAUUGGGAUUGAUGCACAACCUUCAAACGUUGAAUCUUCAGUACAAUAGACUUCAAAAUUGUUCUGACAUACCUCCGUGGAUGCACUGCAAUUUGGAUGGAAAUGUCAGUGCCAGGUUCAAUGAUGACCUAAUCAGCUCUUCAGUUGAGAUGGAUGUAUUUGAAACUGCCAUUCAGGAUGAUAAUGGAAGUAUUUCUUACCAUGGCUCUUGUCAUAAUCCCUCAAGUAUUGCUGUAUCCUCAUCAAACAAUAGAUGUAUUGCAUCUCAGAAGUUGAGUAAGCGAUGGAAGAGAAGACAUUACUUGCAACAAAGAGCUAGACAAGAGCGUUUAAACAACAGUAGGAAGUGGAAGGGGGAUGGACAUGCAGAAGUGUUGAUUAUGGAGGCAGGGGACAAUGCACCUGACAAUUUAGAUGCCCUUACUUCUGGAGCUCCUGCAGAAGAUGCAUCAGACAUUAUAGUCCUCAAUGAUGAUGACAAACCGUUACUUUCUGUGGAAGCCAAAAGUGAAAAUUCAAGUGUUAGACUUGAGAAGGAUAAACUAACUUCCCAGAAGGGGAUCCAUGUUGAAAAUGGUUCAUCCAUUGAACUUAAGGUUACAAGUAAAAGGGAUAAAGAUGAAUUUUCCCAUCUUGAUGUGUCUCUGCCCACCCCACCAGACAAAACUUUUGAGCACAGUGAAGGUUCAUCUUCAGCACCAUGCAGAUCUUCUACUAAGUCUAAGAGGCAUUCUGAUAAGGAUCUUGAUAAUCCAAAACGAUGCAAGUCUUGGAAAGGAAUAGAUGCUAGCCUUAGUUUAUCAUGCAAGUACAGUAACAUGUCAUUUUGUGGUUUUGAAGAUCAUCUGCCAGAUGGCUUUUAUGAUGGAGGACGUGACCGGCCCUUCAAGCCACUGCAGACUUAUGAAAACAUUUUGCAUCUUGACUCACAUGAAGUUAUUCUUGUGGACAGGUUACUGGAUGCAAUCGUUCUCUAUGCUCAAGCUAGGGUAUUUUAUUUAAAACAAAUGAAAGGUUUCACUAAAGACAUGGAGCAGGCAGCUGUUGAUAAUUUGCAGAUAGCAUCAUGGCUUGCUCUUUUUGUAUCAGAUCAUUUUGGAGGUAGUGAUAGAAAUGCUAUUGUUGAAAAGAUGAGAAAAACAGCAUCUGGUAUGAACUACAGCAAGCCUUUUGUUUGCACUUGUUUGACCAGAAAUAGUGACACGAACAACAGUCGCACAUCUACACAGAUUUUGGGUACCGUAGAAGAUAUUAAUUUUUCUGAUAUCUGUGAGAGUUCUUUACGGUCAAUAAAGUCUAAAAGGAAUAGCAUUGUAGUUCCUAUAGGUGCCAUGCAGUUUGGUGUGUGUAGGCACAGGGCACUUCUCUUGAAGUAUCUAUGUGAUCAAAUGAAGCCUCCAAUUGCUUGUGAGCUUGUAAGAGGUUACUUGGAUUUCAUGCCACAUGCUUGGAAUGUUAUUCUUGUCAAGAGGAAUGAUUCAUGGGUCCGGAUGGUAGUCGAUGCUUGUCAUCCACAUGAUAUAAGAGAAGAGUCAGAUCCUGAAUAUUUUUGCAGGUAUAUUCCCCUCAGUCGUAUGAAGGUUUGUCCUGAGGGUGAAAGCAGUUCUGUUCUCAGCCACACCUUCCCUUCACUAUCCAAAAGUGAUGAAAUUGAAAGAGCUCCUUCCAGUUCCGUCAUUCUGUGCAAGUUUGGAUCAGUGGAUGCUGUAGCAAAGGUACGUACUUUAGAAGUAUGGGGGACAUCAGUCGCAGAAGUUAAAGACUUUGAGUAUAGUUGUCUGGGAGAAAUAAGGAUAUUGGGUGCCCUGAAACACCCAUGCAUAGUAGAAAUGUAUGGACAUCAGAUAUCUUUCAAGUGGAUUACUGCAGAGGACAGAAAUUUAGAGGGUCAUGUAAUGCAGUCUGCUAUUUUGAUGGAGUUCAUAAAAGGAGGAUCUUUAAGGAGUCAUAUUGAGAGGCUAGCAAAAGCUGGUGGUAAGAAGCACGCCCCUGUAGACUUGUCAUUGUGCAUUGCGAGAGAUAUUGCAUGUGCAUUAGCAGAGCUGCAUGCCAGGCAUAUUAUUCAUCGAGACAUAAAAAGUGAAAAUGUACUGAUUGAUUUGAAUGAGAAGAGAUCUGAUGGGAGACCUAUUGUCAAGCUCUGUGAUUUUGAUAGAGCUGUGCCUCUAAUGUCUUCUCUGCAUACAUGCUGUAUAGCUCAUUUAGGAAUUCCUCCUCCCAAUAUAUGUGUUGGAACACCUCGUUGGAUGGCUCCAGAGGUUCUGCAUGCCAUGCACAACCAUAACUUCUAUGGAUUAGAAGUGGACAUUUGGUCGUAUGGAUGCUUGCUUUAUGAAUUGUUGACUCUACAAGUUCCAUAUUGUGGGUUGUCAGAAGUACAGAUUCAUGAACUACUUCAGGUAACCAUUGGAUGGUGAAUUUGGUGCUUGAGUUGAGAGUCACAGCUUAGAAGUAAAUAGUUUAGUGCCCCUGGGUCUUGCGUGAAUCAGUAGUCUAUACUUUGAUGAACCAUUUAAUUUCUGCCAACGGCUUAUCAAAACCGAAGCACUUAAUUUCCUCUCUGAUCUUGCUGCAGUCUGGAAAACGGCCACAAUUAACAGAAGAGCUGAAGGCACUGGAAUCACCAAAUGCAACCACUAUGUCUCAGUCCAGUAUAGAGCUUGAGGGAUCAGAACUUGAAGUAAAAACACUUAGAUUUCUUAUUGAUGUGUACCGCCACUGCACAGAGAAAAAUCCAUCUGACCGACCAACAGCUGAAGAGCUGAAUAAUAUGUUGCUUGAACGCCAAGUGACUUCUGGAGUUUAAAGUUAAUAAAAUGUAGUCCGGUACCAUUAGGUAAUAAUCCCUUCCCUUUCCAAAUUUUUUGUAGCCCUAGGUUGUAUUAUAGAGUUUAACAUUUAUUCACCUAUUUAGGAUCAACCAUUUGAGUUUCUCAGGAAUUAAUAACCCUGUCACACUGACUAGGUUUAGCAGCCUCACCAAAUGAUCCCUGUAUACGAGCAAUUUUCCAGCAAAUUAUAUAAUCAAAAUCUGUAAUCUGAUUCAGAUUUGUAAAUUCUGUAGGCAGUGUAUUCACCAAUGUAGCUAACCUGUUUGGCUGUCGGAGCACCCCAAUUUUGAAGCUUUAGUCUCUUGAAAACGUUGAAUCAUAUUUUUCUAUUCAAAUUGGAAAAUAAGAUUUGAGUUUGACCGUUCCUUUUGGGGCUUUCAAUUUUACCCCUACCGUAGAUGCUAUUAAGCUUCCAGAGGACUGAAGCUAAAGUUUUAAAGUAUUUGGAAAAAGAAUGUAUGGAGAAAUUUUUUUAGGUUCAAUAAACUUCUAUCAAAAUU